GAACUUUUCAUUCAUUUAAAGACUUGCAUGACAACAUGCACCAACAUACCAUCUCGACACGGACGUACAAGACUGUCCACGACAAACCCAUCCAGGCGGACGUCUAUACAGUUGAUACUGCUCAGCCUUCGCCUGUUCUUCUCUGGUUCCACGGAGGAUACAUUAUCACUGGCGACCGAACAGCCAUCCCUGCAUGGCUCGUCAACGCAGCAUUCACACGCCGCUGGACGAUCGUCUCAGCGGACUAUCGCUGUCUCCCUGAAUCGACAGGAUUGGAUCUAAUCCAGGAUCUCUGCGAUGCGUAUAGAUAUGCUGCAGAGGGUGUGAGCAAGGAUUUCCCUUCUGUCCUAGUUGACAAGGAGCGGAUCAUCGUGGCAGGAGGCAGCGGGGGCGGAUACUGCGUCGAGUUACUGGGAUCCCAGACGCAGAUACAGAAGCUGGAUCCUCCGCCUGCAGCCCUGUUCGCUCUGUAUCCCAUGUCAAACCCUGCUUCGGAGACCUGGACGUUUAAGGGCCUGAAAUGGGAGGGUAGCGAGCUGUCUGCGUCGCAGACGGCAGAGACAGCCGUCGAUAUCGCCCGGAGACAAGCGAGUCCCGCCCAAGUCAGCUUUGGCGAGGCGUUUCCCAAAGACGAUAAUAUGGACACGCAUGCUCGCUGGAAUACUCUCCGCUAUAUUCUUGAACAGGCCCUUUUUGUCGACUACCUUACCGGAGUAAAAGGACUGGGGGCGAAGAUCGCAGCAGAGGGCGUGGCGGCUGUCCCUCCUCAUCUGCAGAUCUUGUUCCCAACCCACUUCUCCAUCACGAAGUUGCUGCCUCCCCUGGUUGUUGUGCAUGGCACAGGAGAUCGUGACGUGCCUGUCACAGACGGGGAGGCGUGGGUAGAGAAAUGCCGUCAAGUGGGAGCGACCGUCGCUUAUUAUCCCGUCCAAGGGAUGGAGCAUGGUUUUGAUCUCGGCUACAAGUCUUUCGAGGAUGGAGAUCUGGGCGAUGACGGGGGGAAGAUCGCUCUGGCCGAGAGUCUCAAACAGCUGGAUCGUUGGUUAGUGGAGGUAACAGAUAAUAGGAAGAUUUGAGCUAUCAGUUGAGUCAAAGCAAUAAGGAUAUAUUCUGAUCAUUAUUAUAAGCCCCGUUCGUUUGCAAUUCCUAUAUAAGCCCUAACAUAUAUCCCUGAUACCAAUCUACUACUCAUCAAAUGCUCAGGCACAUCGUGAACUCCUGUUGAAACUAAAAUGUGUUGAGAUGUGGUGAACAUGAGUUUCAAGAGAAUCAGGUGUCAUCUGCUAAUGUGCUCUGUUUUUAUG